UCGUAUUUGGUAGCUUAGCUCAGUUUAAUACCAGCAAUUGCCCUGUGAGGGUGCUGUUUUUGUGACUCUGAAUUUAGUCGAAAUCGAGAGCAAAAGCCUAGCCUUCAGCUACAGUGUUUGAUUGUCCUAGACUAUCCGUCUGUCGUCCUUAAUAAAUAUUAUUAUUUAUUGUCAAAAUGUACACUAACCCCUCAAGCGAUGGUGACGGAGGAGGAAAUGGGUGUAAGCACGAAUCUAUUGAAAUGAGUAAAGAUUUGGGUCACCCAACCAAUUGUCAGUCCUACGCACCUACAAUUACGGAAACGUCCAAUAAACAACAGUUGGUAAAGAUUGAACAACUCCCCGAUCGUGGAUCAUGGUCUUCCAAAAUGGAUUUCAUACUAUCAGUAGUAGGCCUAGCUAUCGGAUUGGGAAACGUUUGGCGAUUUCCUUAUUUGUGCUACAAAAAUGGAGGCGGUGCUUUUAUAUUACCAUACAUAAUAACACUGUUUUUAGCAGGGAUUCCAAUGUUUUUCAUGGAAUUAGCCCUAGGUCAAAUGUUGACUAUUGGUGGGCUUGGUGUAUUCAAAAUCGCUCCCAUAUUUAAAGGAAUUGGGUAUGCUGCUGCCGUAAUGUCUUGUUGGAUGAAUGUUUACUAUAUUGUCAUCCUUGCUUGGGCGGUAUUUUACUUCUUCAUGUCGAUGAGAGCAGAUGUUCCUUGGAGAACAUGUAACAAUUGGUGGAACACAGUGAACUGUGUCAGUCAAUAUGAAAGAAAAAAUUUGCUUUGCUGGGAUAAGUUUAUCAACGGCUCCACGCAAAAGGUUUGCUCUGUAUCUGCUGUGAACAUUACAUCUUUAGAACUCACAGAUCCAGUCAAAGAAUUUUGGGAGCGUCGAGCACUUCAAAUAUCGCAUGGUAUUGAGGAGAUUGGAAAUAUUCGCUGGGAGUUGGCUGGAACUUUAUUACUUGUUUGGAUCCUCUGCUACUUUUGUAUUUGGAAGGGAGUAAAAUGGACAGGGAAAGUAGUAUAUUUUACUGCCUUAUUUCCCUACGUCCUCCUGACGAUUCUUCUGGUUCGCGGAAUAACAUUACCUGGCGCUUUGGAAGGCAUUAAGUUUUAUAUAAUUCCAAACUUUUCGAAGUUGACUAAUUCUGAGGUGUGGAUCGACGCUGUCACGCAGAUAUUUUUUUCAUACGGCCUUGGACUCGGUACUUUGGUGGCAUUAGGAAGUUACAACAAGUUUACCAACAAUGUCUACAAGGACGCGCUUAUUGUCUGCACAGUUAAUUCCAGCACUAGUAUGUUUGCUGGAUUUGUAAUAUUUUCGGUAAUAGGAUUCAUGGCUCACGAGCAACAGCGACCAGUGGCUGAUGUAGCUGCAUCAGGACCCGGCCUCGCAUUUCUUGUUUAUCCAUCGGCAGUUUUACAGUUACCAGGGUCUCCAAUGUGGUCUUGCCUCUUUUUCUUUAUGCUUUUGCUCAUUGGAUUGGACUCACAGUUUUGUACAAUGGAGGGUUUCAUCACUGCCAUUAUUGAUGAAUGGCCUCAAUUGCUGCGGAAGCGAAAAGAAAUCUUUAUUGCUAUUGUAUGUGCACUUAGCUACUUAGUGGGCUUAACCUGUAUUACACAAGGUGGCAUGUAUAUUUUUCAAAUAUUGGAUUCAUAUGCAGUUAGCGGUUUUUGCUUACUGUGGCUUAUAUUCUUUGAGUGCGUUUCAAUAUCUUGGUGCUAUGGAGUGGAUCGAUUUUAUGACGGAAUUAAGGAUAUGAUCGGAUACUAUCCUACUGUUUGGUGGAAGUUUUGCUGGUGUAUCACAACGCCCGCUAUAUGCUUGGGCGUGUUUUUCUUUAACAUAGUUCAGUGGACUCCUAUUAAGUACUUGGACUACAGCUAUCCAUGGUGGGCGCAUGCUUUUGGUUGGUUUACGGCGUUGUCAUCCAUGCUUUAUAUACCAAUUUAUAUGUUCUGGUUGUGGAAACGAACUCCUGGUGAAUUGAGUGAGAAAAUUCGAGCUCUUGUACGGAUAGACGAGGAUGUAACCCGGUUACGCGAGAAAAUGCUAAGAGAAGCUUAUGUAAAGGAGAUAGAAUUUAAUUCUUUAUAGGCGUUUUUAAGUUAUCUCAUACAGUUUUAAGGUACCUUUUGUUUGGCUAUUCAUUCAGCUAAAUUUGUUUAAAUUAAUUUUUUACAAUUUAGACAUUUUUCCCCAAAAGGACAACUUAUUUUUUGCAAGUUUUCUUUUAUCUUAAAAUCAAUUUUCCUAUCGUGACAUUUGCAAUGAAUCACUUUACCAGUUUUAUAUUUUAACUUAUCUUCGCUUUAUAACUCAGAACUAGUCUUUUUAAUCGCAAAGGGUCUAGGCUUUUCAAUGGUUAUUGCAGUGUUUUUGUGGUACUUACUCAAAGUGGUAUGCCAGAAAUAUCUAGAGUAAUUAGAAUAUUCUGCUUCUGAAGCAUUAACAUAUAUAUGGAAAAUACCUGCAGUUCUAAAAGUCAGUUGUCCCUCAUGUUCCACUAUGUGAAUCACGCCAUUAAAGUAUCCGUGCAAUGAAAGAUUUACGAAAGAACCUUUAUAUAAAAAAGGUCCAUUAUUUUUACAGAGAGAUGACAGAGAGAUAUUAAAUUUAUAGAUACAUUCCUUCCCUGUAAGUUUUAUUCCGCAACGAUAGGCGCGUAUCAAGAAUGACUGCCAGAACUGCAUGGUUUUACAAUAAUGUCAACAUCAAAAUCAACCUUUUGACUUUAUUAGAAAAAUAAAAAUAUUAUUUUCAAAACUAAUACGGCGUAGAAAAAUUUUCAGAUGUAGUUGUGUUUGGAAAUAAAAUAUAUUAUCCACAUUGAAAUUAUGUAAUAUAAGAUUGUCACCAUAUAUAUACAAAACUAUUUUUGUCAAUGUCCUGAUUGUGCUUCAGGCAUUGUUCUGUAAUUUAUCUAUAAGAUGUCAAUAUGUUGCUUAACGUGUCAAAUAAAUUAAAUAUCUAUCCACACUA